AUGGUGUCCAUACUGCGAAGCACGACGACUCUCCUGUUUUUUACUUUGGGAUUCACCCAGUCUGUGAUUGGAGUACAAUGUGAAUCGUCCGCUUUCCACAACAUCGCUCUCUUUGGUGGCGAGAUUCUGGAGGUCAAGACAGUAACACACUCGGACUUGACACUCGACAUCCCCAUCAAUCAAAACCACUAUUCAAAGAAGGUGACUGGCCUUAACGCCUGCGAGGUACUCAUCAAACAUACGCAUCCCGGCUACAAUGAUGUGAUCAACACUGUUGUCUGGUUACCCCCGGCAAAAGAUUGGACGGGCAGGUUCCUCGGCGCAGGAGGCGGUGGUUUCAGAACGGGAGUCGAAUCGAACCUCACACUUCCCUGGGCUGCAAGCGAAGGCUUCGCGGCUGUUUCGACUGAUGGUGGCCAUACUCUCGAGGAUUCUGAAAAAAUUGAGAAAUGGGGCAUGUCAAGUCCAGGCAAUGUGAAUUGGAUACUUCUGCAAGACUUCGCCUCGACUGCGCUAGACGAUGCCGCGACACUUGGAAAAGCGGUGGCGAAAGCAUACUAUGGUAAAGCCCCCGAGUACAGCUACUGGAAUGGAUGUUCCACCGGUGGACGCCAGGGAUACCAGAUGGCCCAAAAGUAUCCAGAGCAAUAUGAUGGAAUCCUCGCGGCAGCGCCCGCGAUCUACUGGAACGAGCUGAUGAUGCAGCUCUUCUGGCCACAGGUGGUCAUGAAUGAUUUAGGUGAAUACCCGACCUUUUGCGAGCUCGAAGCUAUUAACAACGCGGCUGUCGAGGCUUGCGACGAGCUCGAUGGUCUCAAAGAUGGCAUCAUUGGACUACCCAAGGAGUGCAAGUUCGAUCCGAAGGUCAUGGUAAGCAAGCAAUACCGCUGUGCAUCCACAAACCAAACAACAACCAUCACGAAAGCCGCAGCUGCCGUAGCCGAAAAGACUUGGCAAGGGCCCACGAACCAAGGAGGAGACUUCCUUUGGCAUGGCACGAACCCUGGUGCUUCCUUUGCCAUGACAGGUGCGACGACCUGCACAAAUGGCAUUUGCAAAGGAGCACCGUUCCUCGUGGCUGAACUAUGGAUCAAAUACUUCAUCAAGACGGACCCAGACUACCAAACCUCGAGCGUCAACAUUACAACUUUCCAGACUCUCUUCGAGCAAUCGAUUCAGAGAUUCAAUUCCAUUCUCGGCACUUCGGACACCAACCUCAGGCAGUUUCGCGAAGCGGGUGGGAAAUUGCUGUCCUGGCACGGCUUAGCGGAUACAUGUCUUGCGCCGGAUGCAACAGCAGAGUACGCUCGUCGAGUGCAAGAGCGCGAUCCCAAGGCCAGCGAUUACUACCGUUACUUUGAGGCACCUGGUGUGGAUCACUGUCUUGGGGGGACUGGAUGGUAUCCGGGUAAUGCAUUAAAGAGCCUCAUCGAUUGGGUGGAGAAGGGGAUCGCGCCUGAGACUCUCGAGGCUCAGACUCAGGGUCAAGGGAAGGUCAGAAAAGCGAAUCUGUGUCUGUGGCCGAAGCACUUGGUCUAUGUUGGAGGCGAUGCUGCGGAAGCUACCUCAUUUUCAUGUAGAUGA